AUGCAUGGGGAGAACUUUCUUAACAAGAAACGUAAGGUUAUGUGGAUUGCUGGAUACUUUCGCAAACCGGACGGAAAGUUAGGCGACAACUGUGCUUCCUACGUUUGGUGGCGUGGAUUGAUGGCAAAGAAUGCUCAUCAUCAAAAUUUGGAUCCGAACACCGCUUUGUCAAAGGCACCGUUUUUAUUGGACGAGUUGAUAUCAGGAGAGGCCUUUUUGGUCGCAAUCAAAACGACCUUCUCAAAUCACAAGGGUGAAGAAGAAGCACACAAAUUGCUAUGUGUCAUGAAGCAAGGCAAUACUUCCAUCAAAGAAUUCAAUGUUUUGUUCAACUUGUUACUUUAUGCCGUCAAUCUUUCUGAAGCGUCGAAAUGUGAUUUGUAUGUGUUGAGGGUUACUGGGGUGACACGAGAGCUAAGAGAGUUGACGCAAGGUCAAGGACAUGGUCCGAGCACGGAUACUAGGACACUAUCCCACCAGUAUGAUGAAGCAAUGAUUCCUAAGAUUAUUCAGCUUGGGAUUUUGCGAGGUGGCUGGAACGGGGUGACGGAUUUCGCAAAGAAGCAAGCGAUGGCCGUCGAGUUGGCUGCUGAUGUGCCUGGCGUAGCGUUGAUAGACCGUUUGAGUUAG